UCUAUGCUUUCAGCUAUAACGGGGACAGGGAUGUAGAACCCUGGGACUUUGACGAGGAUAUCUCUGACCUGGAAGAGGAUAAGACGCAGGCGGGGGAUGGUGACGAGCAGCUGUGGAGGGAGGACGAGGACGAGGUUGAGGGCCAGGGCGAGGGCGAGGAUGAGGACAAGGGGGGGGCGGACUGCGAAUGCGACGGGGAGGACCCCGAUUGCUAUUGCCAGUUCGAAGACGGCGAUCUAAGAACUGGAUGAGGACGACUACGUGGAGUCUGAGAGAUCCUACGACGUGGAGUCUGAGAGAUCCUACGACGUGGAGUCCGAGAGAUCCUACGACGGCUCCGACGCCGAUUACUACUACUAGCUAAAAGAAAUGCGCGAGGAACGAAAGCGGGAACUGCUGAACCAAAAGCUGCAGUCUCAAAUGGAGAAAGAACAAGCGCUAAAAGAGGAGCGGGCCAUGGAAAAGGAGAUUCUCGCCACGCUCAAAUCGCUCAAGAAGGGCAAAGAGCAACGCAACAAGACCCGCCUCGACCCACUGGCACGUCAGGAGUUCAAAUUAUUCUGCCGCGACUACAUUGACCACUUCUACACUGGGAGGACCAAGUGGGUUUACUUCUACCGCCUCGACGGCGACGGCGAACCCAUCCAGGGCCAACCGGAGCCCGGCAACGAGGCCGACAUGUACGGCGACAUGUAUCUCGAUUCGGAUACCCUCUGCCAAUUUGGGCCGUUCCGCCCUCCGAAACAUGCGAGUCGGAAAGCUGUCAAGGUGAAGACCACCGAUGGAAAAUACGAGCUAUCGUUCAAAUUCAUCGCCAACGGGUAUCUAAAGGUCAAGGUCUCUUGGGAAUACGUGUCCACAGCCCGAGGCAACCCGUGUCCGACGGCUCCCCCGCCCGGUGCCCCAGACGUGUUCAAGUUCGUUGGCAUCAAGCGUGAUUGGGAAAAGGAGAAAGCGGAAAUGGAGAAGGCUGCAAAGGCACGCCGCUCGCCGUCCCCGCGGGAGACUUGGUUUGAGAUGAACCAUCCCAUGGGGUGGUGGGCUCAAGGUCGUUUCUAAGCUCUCCUCCGAGACAACUCUCUACGGAGGCGCUCGAGGCUCGCUCGAUGACGGGGCAUGGAACUUUUGAAAGAAGGGUUUGGCUAUAUAUAACCCUAACCCUUCCAAUCUUGGCGGGCUUGGUGUUUGUAAAUAUCCCUUUCCGGACGGUUUGUUUACCGUCAUUUACUAAUUGCUAUAAUUUGCUGUUGUCCGUCAAAAUCUGCUUGAAUCUU